AUAUGUUAUUAUUAUUAUUAUUAGUUUCAUAUGUGUCAUAACCUACUGAUAGUAGCUAUAAUUUAAUUGUCAAACAAAAUGUCUAAUGAUAAGCACCGUCAAUAUUUGUCGCCAUCACAUCCCAGUCCAUCGCAUCAAUGUAUGUCAUCUUUAUCAUCAUCAACAACAACAACAGCAACAUCAUUACGGAACAGAAAUCAUCAAAAAAACAAUUCAUUGAAUUUUAUGCAUAAUAAUAACAAACAUAAGACAAGCAAACUAAUUACCAGUGCACUGAUGCCAACCAUUUCCCAACAACAACAUCAACAUCAACAACAACAGUCAUCGUCAUCAUCAUUGAUGCCAAAUCUAGUCGUCAAAUAUUGUUUAGUUGUUUUACUAGUGUUUAGCCUUCAAUCUCAUCAAUUAGUUGUUGCCAGUAAUUUACCUCUAUUAUCAGGAACUUUACGGACAUUUCAAGUGCACGCCUGUGAUGGAGAGGAACUGCGGUUAGAGUGUCCGACCAAUACAGUCAUCAGUAUCUACUUUGCCCAGUAUGGCAGCACAGUGCCAUCCCAUCAAUUAUGUCCCGCUCUGACAGCACCGGUAGAUUCGAGCGCACAGUCAUCGCCGUCAACGAUAACAUUAAGCAAUGCAUCAAAUAAUGUAACCAUAAAUGAUACAAACGAUUGUCUCGCAUCCGACACAUUAAGGUACUCUUUGUUGCAAAAAGUUGAGUCUUCAUGUCGUGAACAGAGAAUCUGUAAAUUCAUGACAUCUCCGCAAUCGUUUGGAGGCAUAGAUCCCUGUCCUGGAGUCAGAAAAUAUGCCGAAAUUGCAUUUAAAUGCAGACCCAACACAUUUUACAAUCGGGUUGUCUGUGAAGGCGAUCGACUUCGGCUCAAAUGUCACCGAACUUCAAGAAUUGUCAUUUAUUCGGCCACAUUCGGGUCAAGUCAAUCGGGUGUUGCCGAAUGUCCCCAAUUGGACGGCGGCGGCCAACCGGUUGCUCAAUCAUUACGACCGCCUGAAGAAUGUAUGGUCAGUUACGCCACCGAAACAGUGAUGAGUUCGUGUCACGGCCGCAAAAAGUGUUCGUUGGACGCCGAUAUCGGUACUUUUGGUGAACCUGGCUGUUCAAAAGCUACCCGAUUGCACCUGAAAGUGGUCUAUACAUGUGUACCUAGAGAUGUACUCAAAGAGCUGGACAUUGGCGUUACCGACAGCGAUAAAAAUGCUGGAAGCGAUUCAACGGCCACUAAUGAAGACACUGAUGAUUCGGGUUUUGUUGAUGAGCCCCGAUAUAUACCCGAACAUGAAGUGCCGUCUUCUACUGGAUUACCCGAUAAGGUGAACAAUAAGAAGGAUAUCAAUAGAAAAUCGCAAAAAAGUGAUAUUAUGAUGAAAAACAAUUAUAAUAUUAUUAAUAAUAACAGUGCAGACAGUGAUGUUAACUGUACACUGAUAUCGCCGCCCGAGAAAGUAGUUGGCUUUAUAUCUGACUGGAUAUCAGCCGUUAAUUUUAUUAAAAAAAAUACUGAACGUUUUAUACUAUACUUAUUGGUGUCAUUGUGCGGAUCGUUAGUCUGUUUUCUAGUGGUUCUCUCCUCUCGACUAUUCAUACAGAAACGCAAAGUGGAGAAAAAAGUCAAAGAAGAUAUACCCGUUUGCAGUCCGUUCGGUGUACUAACCGAUGAUAACGGCGACGAUCUGUUGGACGGUCUCGAAGGAGUGACAACACUGACCGAACCGCUCAAUCUUAGUCACAAUCAUAGCCAUCAUCACACCAUACAAGUGGUCCGUUACGGUCAAAAUGGUGGCAACAAUGGAGCUAACGGUGCCGGCAAUAGUAGUACAAUGACGAGGACAUCAUCGAUGAGACGACAAAAUAGUGAUACAAAUCCACGAUCGCUAUCCAGAAGUUUAAAUAAUUAUUACUAUAAUUGAUGUCUUAUUUAAAAUAAAUAAGAUUUUUUC